AUGGAUUCCCCUUAUCUGGUCUCCCAGAGGCUGUCCGACUCUGGUCGCUUCGUCCAGCUUCACCCGCUUGUCCUCCUCACUAUCUCCGAUCAUCUUACACGUCAUAUCGCUCGCCAGCAGCAAGGCCCAGUUCUGGGUGCUCUUCUAGGCCAGCAGAAUGGUCAAGAGAUCACACUAGAGCAUGCCUUUGAAUGCCCAGUUACAGCCGGACCGGAUGGUGAAAUGAUACUGCCUGUCCCAUGGUUUGAUCAGCGACUACAACAAUUUAAGGACGUGCACAAAGACCCACCCCUUGAAAUAGUGGGAUGGUGGUCCACAGCUCCAUCGACCGGUCCCGACGCCUCACACGUACCCCUCCACCGCCAGCUUCUACAGAACUAUAAUGAAUCCGCCAUCUUCCUAGCUUUCCACCCCUCACAGCUGCAAGCAUCUGAAGCACAUAACGGCAGACUUCCAUUAACCAUUUAUGAGAGUGUAUUGGAAGACGAAAACACCAAUGAUGCUACCAAGGACAUGGAUAUUGACGGCCAGGAAGCGCCCAGCUUGCGGUUCCGCGAACUAGAAUAUUCCGUCGAUACCGGCGAAGCUGAGAUGGUUGGUGUUAAUACUAUUGUCCAAAGCUCUGGGACUGCUGCAAUGGCAGACACACAGUCGAGCAAGCAAAGUGAUUCAAAAUUGAAAUCUGCAGACCUGCUCACUGAGCAGGGCAAGGGGAAUGAGGCAGCCGCCGCCAAAUUGACCCAGGAAGAGGAAGAGUUAAUCGCAAGUUUGACCACCCGCCUCAAUGCAGUCCGAAUUCUAGAAUCUCGUAUUGCCCUCAUUAAAUCAUACGUCUCCAGCGUCUCUCCGAUUUCAGACUCUGCAGACCCCUCUCAAUCAGCAACAUGGUCUCAUCCAAUUCUUCGCGAGGUCAACUCCCUCCUCUCGCACCUCGCUAUCCUGGCCCCCUCCGAACAAAGCACCUUCGCCGAAGAAGUCGUCUCUCAAAACAAUGAUGUCCUCCUCGCUUCUUUGCUUGGACGGAUUGGCGAGACUGUCAAGUCUAUGCGCGAACUUGGCCGGAAAUCUGCCAUGGUGCAAGCUGCACGUCAGACAAAUAACGCACGGAAGAGUGCCAAUCCCAUAGCAACACGCUUUGAAGAUGAACUUUAUUCGAGGAAGUUCCAUCCCAAUGCCGAGGCAGAAGCUUCUGGAUUCUAUCCUUAA